UUAUGAAAGCUUUAUUUGAUAAUUAGAUAACAAAUACGUUAGAUAACAAAUAAAGCGAUUAUGUGUAUCAUCUAUAUUUUUUAAGUAAAAGAAAUUGUAUCAUUUAAAAGUUGUAAUCUUUUUCAAUAAAAAACACAAAUUUAAUUGUUUUUUAAUACAUAUUAAAAAUUUGUCGAAUAUUUUUAUGAAUAAGAACUGUCUAAAAGCAGUUACUUUAUUAUUGGUAACACUGUCAGAGAUCUGUGUACUACUUCAGCGCAUUUCAACAUCUUUAGGUUAAGAAUCGGUAAAUACAAACAUGCGACGACACGAUUUCGUAACAAAAAUAAUCUUAUUAUACAUCGUGAUAAUAUGUAAAAAUGUAACAGUAGUAGCUAUACAAGACGAUCAAUAUCAAAGUUAUCCUGCUCAAGGUUUGUACAAUGCCAGUGAUAAUGUGGUAGUAUUAAAUGCUUCUAAUUUUAAAACUAGUGUUUAUGGAGAUUCGAAAGGAUGGUUAGUUGAAUUUUAUAAUAGUUGGUGUGGAUUCUGUUAUCGUUUUGCACCUACAUGGAAGGCUUUUGCAAGUAAUGUUUAUUCUUGGAGAGAUAUUGUUGUCAUUGCAGCCAUAGAUUGUGCUGUAGAUGACAAUAAUCCAAUUUGUCGUGAAUAUGAAAUUAUGCAUUAUCCAACGCUUAAAUAUUUUCCUAUUAAUGCACAUUCUUCUUUCAUGGGUAUAGUAGUUGAUAAAGGUGAUAGCGUUGAUGAUGUUAGGCAUAAUUUGAUUAAAAGACUGGAAAAGGAGCAAGAGGAAGGACGUGGUAUAACGUGGCCUAAUAUUACACCUUAUAGAAAUGCAGAGAUAAAAGAUAUAUGGAAAGUUGUACCAAAAACUGUAAAAUACUUUUUUUUAUUAUUUGAGAAAACAGACUCUCAUAUGGGAACUGAAGUCAUAUUAGAUAUGCAUAAAAUUUCAAGUCUGCAAAUACGUAGAGUUAUAUCUGACAAUGAAUUACUAUGCGUAACAAGUAAAAUCACCAAAUUUCCAAGUCUAAUUGUAAUGAGCCAAACGGAAUCGCAAAAGCUAUUAAAUAUUAGAAUUCCAACAAGAGAAGGUAUUAUACAAACAAUCAAAACCUAUAUGAACUCAAAGAGUAUAAAUAUAGAUGAACAAAUUAUUGGGAACCGCAAUAGAGAAUUGCUAAUUCAGAAACCAAAUGCAAUAAGUAAUACUAAAUCAAAGUCUCUGCAACAACAGCAAUAUAACUCUGGCACAUUUGAAGAUCAUUUAUAUCAAUUAGAUUUGGAAACAGCUCUGCGAUAUUCCAUUUACCAUGAAGUACCAAUGACUAAAAUGAUAGAAGGAGAAAAGAUGGAGGCAUUGAAAUUAUACUUAGAUGCAAUAGCCAAAUAUUUUCCAAUGAGAUUCAAUGGUAUUUUUCUUGACGUAAUUCGUAAUAUAAUCAAUACAAAAGAAACGAUAUCCGGAGAAGAAUUCGUACAUUUAUUAAAAUCUACAGAGGAUGAAAUGUUGCCUGUAUUCUCAGGCCCACAGCAAUGGAUUGCAUGUAAAGGAAGUAAAGAAAUAUAUAGAGGAUAUCCUUGUGGAUUAUGGACAAUGUUUCACAUGUUAACCGUUAAUUUUGGAAUGGAAAAUAAAGAUAAAAAACAUUAUAAUCCCAUUGAAGUGUUACAAGCUAUGUAUGAGUAUAUAAAAAAUUUCUUUGGUUGUGCUGAUUGUUCAAAACAUUUUAUAGAAAUGGCAACAAGAAACAAAAUAUUUGAAGUACAGAAUGGAGAUGAUAAUAUAUUAUGGUUGUGGAAAGCUCAUAAUGAAGUUAAUGCAAGAUUGGCAGGAGAUGAAACGGAGGAUCCUAAACAUAAAAAAAUACAGUAUCCAUCGCAAGACCAUUGUUCAGAGUGCAGAUAUCCAAAUCAAACUUGGAAUGAAGCUCAAGUUUUAUACUAUCUUAAAAGAAAAUAUAGUUAUGCAGGAAUUAAUUAUUAUGGAUCUAGUGAAAAAUAUAGUAACUUACAAAAUAGUAGAUCAAAAAGAAGAUUAGAACUAGCUCCUAACAAAUAUAUAAAUCUUAAAAAAUUGGGUUGGGAUUUUACUGUAUUUGAUAUAAGUAUUUGUGUUGUAUUAUAUGUUACAUCUGCUACAAUACUCACACUUGUUUGCAUUAAAUUUGCUGUGAGAAGAACUUACAGAAAAAAAGCAUACCUAAACUCAUUUGGUAAAGUAUAAAUUCUUGUGAAGAACAGAUUCACAGAUUCAUUAUAGGCAUGUAUAUUGUAGGCAAUACAUUUUUUAAGAUAUUGUAUAUAUACGUCUGUGUAUUCGUCUGUAUAUAUUAUUGAUAUUAUUUAAUAAUCUAGUUCUUCUAUAUGCAUAUCUGCAUUUUUAUAUGUCAUCAACUGAACAGAAGUUCUCGUGCUAUUAUCAAUAGAAUUUUUUACAGAAAUUGUACAGAUCAUAUGUAUACAUGUAUUUGUAUUACAUUUCGUUAGAUUUCGUUAGAUUUGUGUUAUAAAAUUAUUCUUUUAAAAGUUUAAAAUUAAACACGU